AUGGGAGUGACUGUCCUCGGCGCUGGCGUUAUCGGCCUCCUAUCAACCCUAGCUUUGACUGAUGCUGGCUACGAAGUGACCAUUGUUGCCCGGGACUUGCCCGGUGAUGAGUCUCAGGAUUGGGCAAGCCCUUGGGCUGGGGCAGCCAUAUUUCCUUCGCCCGAUUCGAAAGGUCAUUCGCUCCAAGUAGAGAGCUUCAAGUACUUUUGGGAGUUGGCCCAUAAGGAUCCCACCAGUGGGGUUCAGGUCCUCAAGGCGACCGACUUCUACGAUGAUAGAGACGAUGACUCUACAAUUUGGUACAAGUCUCUCAUGCCGCAGUAUCGCCGCAUACCCACCAAAGACCUUCCAAAUGGGGUGAAGGUAGGCUUCACUUUCAAGACCAUGGCAGUUAAUCCCGUCGUAUUUCUUCCCUGGAUUCGAAAUCAGCUGGAUUCCCAAGGAGUGUGUUUUAUUCGAAAAGAAGUCCAAGAAAUCGAAGAGGUGAAGCGCCUCACCGGAAACGAAGUUGUCGUCCAUGCAACGGGACUUGGUGCUUACGACUUAGCCGGCGACAAGGAUGUUGUUGCUGCUCGUGGACAAACGAUGUUCGUGAAAACAGACUUCAACGAGCUGAUGAUGCUCCAAGGCUCACAAUACACCUAUAUUAUUCCGCGAAUGCAUUCCGGUGGUGUGAUUCUCGGCGGAAUCAGUCAAGAAGAAAACCUUGAUCGCGAGGUAGAUCAGAAGUUGCGACCGGACAUCCUCGCACGGGUUGAAAAUAUAUCCAAGAAUCGGCUCGAGUCUGUGGACUUGAACAGCCCCUCGACGAAGGAUAUUGUCGCCUUUCGACCUGGAAGAAGAGGAGGUUAUCGGCUCGAAUCCGAAGGCACCAUUGUUCACGCAUAUGGAUUUGGUGGUAUGGGGUAUAUAUACGGUUAUGGAGCAGCUUUGAAAGUCCGAGAUUUGGUUGAGGGAGCGAUGAAGCUUCACAAGAAGAGAAGCCGACUUUGA